AUGGAGAGUCAAUAUGAGACAGUGAAGGACUUGUAUGCAAGUGAUUUGAACGAAAGAAUUUUAGAGGUCAAAGCAGUAUAUGCUAAUGAAGUUAGGUGCAUAGACAGGGAAAGACAAGCUCUUCUCAAGUUUAAGCAUGGCCUUGUUGACGACCAUGGAAUUCUCUCAUCCUGGGGAAGUGAAGAAGUUAAAAAGGAAUGUUGCAAAUGGAAGGGCAUCUCAUGUAGCAACAGAACUGGUCACGUAGUUUCACUCGAUAUGCAUGUACCUCCGUCGGAUGGUUAUGUUUAUCUGGAGGCUGCUAAGCUUAUCCCCGCACUGCUUGAGUUGCAGAAUUUGAAUUAUUUGGACUUGAGUUUUGUUGAUUUUGGAAGUGAAAUACCAAAAUUCAUUGGUUCCUUUAAGAAAUUAAGGCACUUGAAUCUUUCAGGAACAUUCUUCAUUGGUGAAGUUCCUUGUGAACUUGGGAACCUUACAAACCCGCAUACUCUUGACCUUCGUUAUAACGAUUUGAGAAUCAAGAACCUUGAGUGGCUUUCUCAUCUUUCUUUGAUGUCAUUUCUUGACUUGAGUCAUAAUGAUUUUGGAAGAAGUGAAAUACCAAGAUUCUUUGGUUACUUCAAAAAAUUAAGGCGCUUGAAACUUUCAGUCUCAAACUUCACUGGUGAAGUUCCUUGUGAACUUGGGAACCUUACAAACCUACAUACUCUGAACCUUCAUGAGAACAAUUUCCGAAUCAAGAACCUUGAGUGGCUUUCUCAUCUUUCUUUGCUGUCAUAUCUUGACUUGAGUGGUGUGAACCUUAUGAAUCAAACGAGCUGGUUGCACCACAUGACAAGGUUCCCUUUCCUUGAGGAACUGUUCUUGUCAUACUGUCGACUUCCCAACAUAAUGCCUUCCUUCAAUAUCCUUACUAAUUCUUCUUUACCCUAUCUGUCUAUCCUCGAUUUAUCCUCCAAUGAUCUCACUUCCUCUUUUGCAUUCCACUGGUUGUUUAACUUUAGUGCAAAUGUUACCAAAUUUUCAUCCUUAAGAUUUUUGAUCCUUAACAACAAUAAGCUGAAUGGGUUUCACCCACAAAGCCUUGGGCUACCUUCAAGUCUUGAAAGUUUAGAGUUAUUUGACAACCAAUUUAGAAGGCUACCUGAAGAUGCAUUUCCUAAUUGGUUGUAG